UUUCACUUGUAACUUCCAUCUUCCUCUUCUCUUCACUUCUUCUCCUCCUAACGUUUCAAAGCUUAGAACUUUCUCUCUCUGUAGUUUACACCAAACAAUUUUGGUUAUUUCUCAUCGGAGUGUGUUUAGGAGCUUGAUUACAUUGAUCACCGGUGCCAAUUCACGACGAGUUUGGUUGCUCCGGUGAUCGAAAAAAAGAAACCCGCUGUUUUCUAUUUCUGCCUGCAAGGUGUUUGUGAAUAUCUCCUCCUAUUGUUUUUGCUUAUUUUCCCUCACAAUUUCCUUCAAUUUUUGGUGACUCAUUCCAUUUCCGCUUUUCUAUAUUGCAAACAAGAUUCUGAUGAGUUUUCUUGGUUCUCUAUACAAAAGGAUCCAGAUUUGUGUGGAUACUAUUGUUUUUUCAUGAACAUGCUUUGUAGUGCGGGAUCACCGGAUCUUAUAGCCAAGAGGGUUCUGUAUGUAGUUUUUUAGCUGAAAAUUGGUGUUUGAUGAAAGUGGUGAGACAUGGAACUGGGGAAGAAGGUCCUUUUUUCUGUACAAAAUUUGUUCAUUUGAUUGUUUAUGUAGACCAUACUAUUGUUGGGUGGGGAUUUGAGUAAGCAAAGAGUGGCUUUUUUGGUGUCUGUUGUUUCUGUCUUUGGACGAGGGAAGACAAAGUUGAAGAAAGCUUGGCACUUUUGAGUUUGAGCACUGGUUUCUGCAGUUAUGGCCAUUCAAGAUCAAAAUCGAGUUAACACAUCACAGGGUAGUCCUCCAGUAGGAAAUGGAGUAUCUUCGGGUUCUGAACUGCAUUCUGUUACAGAUAUUCAACUCAAAGACCAGUUUUCAACCACAAAUGAUGGUGCUCUCAAGGUGAGGAAGCCGUACACCAUCAAGAAACAAAGAGAGAGGUGGACGGAUGAAGAGCACAAGAAGUUCCUUGAGGCUUUAAAGUUACAUGGCAGGGCCUGGCGUCGUAUCGAAGAACAUGUUGGCACAAAGACUGCUGUUCAGAUUCGAAGUCAUGCUCAGAAGUUUUUUUCUAAGGUUCUCCGUGACUCUAGUGGUAAGAUUAUCAACUCUGCAGAGUCAAUUGAAAUUCCUCCUCCAAGACCAAAACGAAAGCCGAUGCAUCCUUACCCCCGUAAGCUAGUAGGGACUCCUAAUAAAAUAACUUCCGCCAAAGAGCAGCCGAACAGGUCUAAUUCUCUGAAGUCACAAGCAGAUUUUGAUCAAGAGAACCAAUCUCCCAAGUCAGUGUUAACUGGGGUUGGUUCAGACAGUCAUGGUUCCUCAGAUUCAGAUACACCUAACGGAAGCUUAUCCCCAAUGUCAUCCGUUAGCGGGGUCAAUUCAAGUGGAUUUACACUUGUGGAACCUAAAACCCCAUCCGAGGAAGCUGGACUAAAUGCCGAUUCAGCUCACAAUGAGAACCCUCUUGUGAUAUCCAAGAAAGAAAUCAAAGCAAGCAUGGUAGAAGAAUCAUUUGGUCAGACUGUAAAGCUUUUCGGGAUGACUCUAUCGGUAACAAACACAUGCAGACCCUCACCUUCAUCAAUUGAGGCAUGCAAACCAAUUCCUGUACACAUAAAUGUGCAUUGCUUUGGCAAGGGGGAAGGAAAAUCGGAACUUCCUAGCCAUAUUGUUCCAAGCGAAACUAGAGCAACAUCCAAGCUAAGGCCUAGAAUGAGAACUGAAACCUGUGGGAGAGGUUUUGUCCCAUAUAAAAGGUUCAUGGCUGAGAGAGAAAAAAACCACUCUUCCACUGAUAGGGAAGAGCAAGGCAUCCGGCUUUCAUUAUAGUUCCCUCCAAUGAGAUCAUAUUCAAAGCAGGUUUUCCUUUGAGAGAUGCGCUAGCUGGAAGUAUCAGGAUUUGGGAUGAGUAGAAAAGAUAAGAGUAGCUGAAAUUUUUGACAUUUGUGCUGCAUACUUGAAGUGCAAGUUGUUCAUAUCCACAAACCUGCCUUUACUUUCUUUUUCAUAUAUAUAGCUCCAGGACGACCUUUUAUUUUCCAUUUUACCAUGGUCGGGAUAGGCUUUCUAUUGAGCCUCCUUUUAACCCCUUCUCUCUUCCUAAUUUCAACUGUGAAUUAUCUAGUGUUUGUAUCUUUCAGUUGGUCCUCAUUAGAAGUGUUCCUCGUUAAGGUACAUAUCUUGUUCAUAGGCUUUCAGUUUUUACCAACAAGGCAUCUCUUGUGGGUUGUUAAAGAGGAGUUAUCCAAUGUUGGCUUAUGUAGACAAAGUCCAUGAGGUAGUUUAUCAUCUGCCAACAAAAUUUUCAGUCUGUUUUUGUAACCUUAAGGGUGCACUUUUUAAGGACCUGGUGUGUUCUUGUGUUUCUUCACACGUACACUUUUCCUUUCUC